GUUUUAUUUUUAUUGUAGUGAACGCCUAACCACUAGGUAAAAUCUCUGAGAAAGAAAGAAGAUCUGAAAUAGUAUCAGGACGAUCAAGCUAUAAAAGGAGUUGCACCUCUCCUACAAAAGAACACAGAAAUGAAUAUGGAGGAGAAAAUUGUGUUAAAUGGGCUGAGGAAACAGCAGAGGGAGAUUCAUUUCAGUUUUCUGUAUGAUACUCAAGGCUCACAGAUUUACGAAGAGAUUACAUGUCUGAAAGAGUAUUACUUGUUCAAUGCAGAACUCCAGCUGUUUAAAGACAAGGCAGUGGAGAUAGCAAAGGCCAUUACCCCUGGAAGUUUGUUCGUUGAAUUGGGUUGUGGUAAUGCUCUUAAGACUGCUUCUCUACUCUCUGCUAUUCAACACGUCCAUGGAAGAUGCAGGUAUGUGGGGAUUGAUGUUUCUGAAAGUGCACUGAAGGAGGCCAGAAGAAACCUGGGAGAUCUUGUGGCAGAACUGAACCCUGAUGCCAUAGAGUUGAUAAAUGCAGAUUUUAUCGAGGGUUUGCUCAAGGUGAAAAGCUGUUAUCCUGAGCAGCAACUCUGCAUUGCAUGGCUUGGAAGUAGUGUUGGCAAUCUGACAAAGGAAGAUGCUGCAGAAUUUUUCAAGGACAUUUUCAAAGCUGUGGGAUUCACUUGCCAACUACUUGUCUGCAUCGAUAUGUGGAAGAAUCCUGAAACCCUUUAUUCAGCAUACCAUGACAAGAAGGGUGUAACUGAGCGCUUCAUCAAGCAUGGUGUGCAGAAGGCACUGUCUUGUAUUGGAUAUGAACCAGAUGAGGACUCUGUAAAAUCUUGGUGUUAUGAUGUGGAGAUUAACAAGCUUCUUAGAAGAGUAGAAAUGUAUAUCUCCUUCCCCCAAGGUUUGAAUCUUGAUAAACAUCAGAUCCAAAUCAGACCCAGGGAGAGAAUUUUGGUAGAAUUCUCCACAAAAUAUAGUGUGGAUGAUAUAAAACUUGUGGCAACCAAGGCCUGUUGCCAGUUGCAUAGAUGUUGGGGAGACAGCUCCUAUUACACCUGUCAAAUAUUCCUGCCUGUGAGUCAUGCUUUGGUGCAGUGUUGGAGGGACACUGACAAUCUGUUUGCAGGCAUCUUGGACUGGAACUCCAAACCAAUUGAUCUGCGACAUCCAUAUAUCUUCUACUAUGGCCACGUUUGUGCCUUUACAAAAGUAAAAAUGAUGGGAAAUGAUGAAGAAUCAGAAUUGGAUACUAUAUUUUCAAGAGGAAUAGACCCCAAUGUCCUGGAUCCAUCGCAGUGCCACAGCCAUCCAGUUAUACCCUCAACAUGGCCUUCAAAGGAAGUUGUGAUUGACUAUGUGAGAAGAACAAGAAUAUGGAUACAGAAUGAGGCUGUAAACGGAAAAUUGGAUACUAGGGUUUUUUCCCUAGUAAUUGAGCAUGAAAGAAUGCAUCAAGAAACCCUAACCUACAUGAUAGUCCAGGACAGGAAGAAAUCAUUUGAGAACAAAACAAAAGUAUCUAUAAAUAAACCACAGAAAGGCAAUGUGUUUUCUGACAUCCUUAUGCACAAAAUUUCCAGACCAGACAUACUCAUUGAAGCUGGAGAUGUGACUUUAGGGGCACACCCAAGUGAUAUAUCUACAUUCAUAUGGGAUAACGAAGGCCCAACAUUUCAUACAAAAGUUUCUGAACCUUUUCUUGUAGCUUCAAGGCCUGUUUCUAUCAAGGAUUACCUACGCUUUAUUGUUUAUGGAGGCUACAAGAUCAAGAGUCUCUGGAAACAGGAGGACUACACUUUUUUCUCUGAGAAUGGAUUUGUGUAUCCAGCAACAUGGUCUCUUGUGGGCAAUGAGUAUUAUAUUCAUGGCCCUGAUUCAACCAAGCAUUGGACUGAAGUGGCUGAGGAAGCUGUGUAUGUAAGUCUUGCAGAGGCUGAAGCUUUUUGCAAGUGGGUAGGCUACAGAGUGAUGACAGAAACACAGUAUCACAGGAUCUUGGAUUUUGACAAGCAUGGAAAACAGGUUUUAAGUAUGAGAGAAGGUGGUUGGGAGUGGACUAGCACAGAGUUUCACCCAUUUCCUGGCUUUAAGCCUAUUCCAGAGUAUAAAGAAUACUCUACUGAUUUUUUUGAUGGAAAACAUUAUGUUCUUAAGGGGUACUCAGAUGUGACACAUGGAAGUAUGCACAGAGAUUCGUUCAGGAACUUCUAUCAACGUCAGUACAGAUAUGUAUUCUCCAAGUUCAGAUGUAUUCUCUCAGCUUAGGAUGGGUAUCAAUCACAGCUCCAGUGAAUGUAUUUAGAAAGACACUAGGUUAUAGUAAGUGUUUGUGUGAUUUUUAAUUGUAAUCAUGUAUAAUUGAAAAAUAAAUAAACUAUUUCUCUACAGAAGAAGAGUUGAGAAUGAUAGACAAGUAUUUAGUUGUUGGCUUGAUGCAGAUUUUAUUUCUGCGGGUUGUUCCAAAGUAAUAUGCUCAUGUUCCAAGGUUUGAUAGACUAAACACAUCAAAAUCUGCAAAAUAGAAUUUUUUUCUUU